GAAGCUAAUAUCUGUUAUCGAUAUCCACGUUCGUCACCUGGCGCAUUAAAUUUUAAAAGAGAUUACAUCAAUUAAUUUAAUAAAACUGCUGUUUUUAGAGUUAAUGAAACAUAAUGUACCGAAAAUUGAAGAAGCGGAACAAUGCCCUAACGGGACUGAACACAAUUGAUGAGAAUGCAACGAUAAAAAUACCGCGAGUCUCGUCUGCAAAGCAAACAAAUGCGACAAUCGAGACACUGAACUGUGAAAGUGAAGAGGAAAACAUUCCAGCGUCCCAGGAGCAAACACAACGUUUUCUGUCUCAGCAUAGUAUAGCAUUGGCCGCAACAUUGGGACGCACACAGUCUUCAGGUCGGAUAAAUAGUUCCCGCCAACCGAACAGCUUCUUUGAAAUGGUACUGAUGAACGCUGGUGUGCAACUGGACCAAUCGGACACAUUUGUGCUGUCCUGUGACCAUAUUGCUAUUGUUUCUAAGCUACGUGAUAUAUUGGUGCAGUCGCCGAAAUAUCCGGAAAAUAUUGAGACAUUCAAGACAGGGCUAAAUGCUGCUCUGGCGCCCAAAUCGAAACUGGCCCAAAAGCUACUAAGUGGAUGCACUAUAGACACAGCCGGUGAAGAACAGGUGUAUCAAUCGCAGAACAGCAUGUUUAUCAACUUUCUGAUGAUUGACUUUCUACGGGAGCCCUGCCUGUCUGUUCUCUUCAACAGGAUCGAAGAGGUUGCCAAAUUGGAACGCGUGCAAACGAUUCCUGGUUGCAUUCCGCUGCUGCCCUUGAUGCUUGCUCAAUUGCGUUAUCUCACUCUAUCGCAUAGUGAUCAGAUUUAUACGCAUAUUGAACGCAUAUUUAAUAACGCCUCAGAGUCGUCUAAGAUGGAUAUCAUAAGCAGCGCAGAGUUUCUUUUGGAUGCGAGUAAACACGAUGAGUUUGUGGAGUUACUUACCAUUAACUAUUCGAGCAGCAAAGAUCUUUUCCAUUUAACCACGCUGCAAAUGCUCAGCAAUUUGACGCUAAACGCAAGGACUCAAGGAAAACUACGUGAGAGAAUCCUGGACUUUAUCAAGGACGACAGCAGCUGCUCGAAUGUGACUCUACCGCAUCUCAUACGCCUUUUGCUAAAUAGUCUUAAUCAGGAUACCGAUGAUGUUGUGCGUGAGCUGGUCUCCACACUGCGUGAAAUCUUUAACUGGCGACAUAGAUCACAAGGCGAUGACUCUCAAGAGCUGGCUAUUCCUGCAGCCAGUGAAAAACAAUCACAGUUAGAACUCUUUGGUUUUCUGCAACAAGGUCUUAAGCGUUCCAAGCGUUUCUAUCAAAUGUGGCAGCGUACUAUUAGUGGCUUAGCGGCCAGCGAAUUUAAAUCGUUUGAUUUUAUAAUGCUACUAAUACUCAUAGACAUCAACGAGGAUAAUACAUUAUUUAUUGAAAAUCUACUGCGCCGACGCAUUAAACUUGAGCAUAUCACAGUUAACAUAUUGGAUGAUAUAAAAAUUAAUUAUUCGCAUAUUUUGGAGAAGCACAUUAACACACUGAUGCACUUGCUGCAUGACUUUAUGCGAGAAAAGAAUCGCAUUGUAGCCGAUUUCGCAAAAGCUGCAUACAGCAUACUCUUUAAGAUCUGCAACUCGAUACAAAAGAGCAUAGUGAAGAAACUGCUGGAGCUGACAUUUGACAAGUCGGCACAGCAUGUCACCACCACAUUGACAUUGCUGCGAGAGCUCCAGCGUAAUAAUGCUAAGCAUGUGCAGAACUGUGCCAUGUUGUUACUGCCUUUGCUGGAUCGCCUGAGCGAUUUGACACUGCCACAAACACGCCUCGCCAUGGACUUGCUGUGCCAUGUUGCAUUUCCUGAUCCCAAAUUGCCAGAGUGUGCCCCACUACAGGACCAAAUCGAAAUGGUGGUAAAGAAACAGCAAAUAAAUCGCUCGGAAUAUGUGAAAAGGCAGGGCAUCAUAGGUUGCGUUCAGCUGAUUGAUGCGAUUGCUCGCAUUGAAACCAUGCUUAUCAACAACGAGGACUUGCAAACCAGCGUGGACAGCAUCACUUCUUUGCCUGAUGGUCGUAGCAAGCAGGCGGCUAACCUGAUUAUGCUCACCCAGUCAGCUAUAUGUAACUCCCCCGAAUUACUGGCACUGUUUUACGAUGAACUGGCCAGCGUAUUAACUGUGCGCUAUUACAACGCCGAGUCUACUUAUAUGCUCGACAAUCGGUUUCUAACGUGGCUCUGCGAACUAAUGACCUAUCGCUUUCAGCAGAGCUUUGUGAAUGAUCAUCAGCCGAAGACAAUCAAAGGCUUGCGGCUGGAGUGUCAGAAGAACAUUAAUGAAUUGGACGAAACAAAUGUUAAUACCGAAUCAGCUGUGCUAGAUAUUGGAAUUAAUAUAUCCGAAUUGGUUUUGAGUCCAAAUAGCAAUGCCAGUGAUUCUAUUUUUGUUCUAGCGCCACUUUUUCACCUGGUCAGCGUGCUGCACAAUCAGCGCUACCAGUACAGUCUGGAAUUGAUAAAUGCGCUACAAGGCUGCGCCAUUGUGCUGCCCACGUUUUUUGAUGAUCCCAAUUAUUUGGCCAUCUUUGAUAAUUAUGAUGAGGAAACGCAAAAGCAUUUAUUGCAUAUUUACUAUCACACGAUCAACUGGAUGCGUGUAACGAUCUGUGCGUUUGCAUCCCAAAAGCAUGAGGCCACACGCAAGCGGGUUCUAAAGCGCCUCGCUGAUUUGAUUUCCACAGAGCAACGAUUAAAGCCGCUUUUGGCGCAUGCUCCUGUUGGCUUUGCACCACCGCCAUGCCAGUUCCUCAACAAUCUUAAACAGACCGCUGCUCAGCAAGUUACUCGCGAAAAAAGACCUGCAAUUAGCAAGGUGAAGGCAAAUAAGGUUAAUAACGAAUCUAUCAUGGAUGAGCCACAAAGUAUGGAUCAAUCAAAACUGGAUGAUCUGACGAUCAAGUUGGGUGCCUGCAAGUCCAUUAAAUGUAAAAUCAACUUCGAGCAAUUAUAUGGACCCAUGGAAUGCUUUAGACAGCUUGAUGUGGGCAUAAUAGUGUUGCUGAAAGAGCAACCUUUCAGUCUAAACUAUCCACUGGAAGAGGAGGAAGUGGGCACGCAUUUGGGUUUGCUGGAAUUGCGUUUUAUACUCACAGACUUGGUGCAUAAAUUGGACACGAUUAUUAAUGGAUGCCAAGACGUGGCCGAAGUCAAUUCGUUAAGGUCGCAUGUGGCCAAGCCAGAGCAUUUUAUGUCCGAUUUACAAAAAUGUCUAGAUGAAAUUCAUCUGCGUUUAAUCACCUUGACAGCGCACAUUGACCAGGAAGUAGAAAAGGUUAAUAAUGUCCACAGCAAUUUGGAUCUGUUCAAGGAUCAUUUUAAUUAUGUUAAAACUUGUUUUGGCUUGUGCAUUCAAUUGUUUGCAUUGUAUUUCUCAUGGAGUGAGUGGAGUGACAAGUCCAAAUCUCAACUUCUAGAGUUGUCACUAAAUUCACUGAUGCCACCUGGUCAGCGGAAGGUAGCCAGAAAACCAUCCAUAGCACGCACUGCAUCCCAGAUCUUUGAUUACUUCUGCAAAUAUGAGAAAUCGGUGCUAGUCCUUGGCACUGCUGUGCAGCUGCAGCAUUUGCUGCGCAGCUUGCGUAAAUUGAGUUGUUCCGGCGAGAAUGCAGUUCAGCGUAGCAAACAGCAGGCCGAGGAUAUACGAAAAUAUUGCACCAAUAUGCUGAGACGUAAAUGGUACCACUACACGGGCAGCCUGGAGAAGGGUGCGCAAUGUAACAUACAUCUGGACGAGCUGAUUAAAGGCUUUCUUAAGGACUUAUCAUUUGAACGUCAAAAGGACAUAUUGCUUUCCCUUAAAGAGGAGUGCGUGCUUCUCAAUAAAAAGGACUUGGCUCUACAGUCGAUCCCCAAUAUCAAAAAACCCAACUUUCCUCUACUGUUUCGUGGACUAUGCGAGAUUAUCAUUAGCACUUUGAACUCCCAAUGUAGUGGCCAAACCGAAGGUGAUCGUUUUAAGCUGUGGGAGUCGGCUAUAUGUCUACUUAAUGGCCUUUUGGAUAUUGUCAAGAAUGUUGAACAACCGCGUAAUUUCGCAUUAUUCUUGAAGCAUUCGCAAUUGUUCCUGAAACUAUUCCUGCAACAUGGCGUAACUGUGCUUGAGCCGAUUGUUCGCGAUAGUCCAGAACGGCUGACCAAGUUUUUUCAUGACCUUCAGAACGUUACCAAGUUUCUGCACAAUCUCUGCUGCCAUUCGAAGUCAAUAAAGAAUACGGCCAUAAUUAGCUACAUUCCCAGCCUACGCGAAACGCUGGAAACACUGGUGUUUCGUAUAAAAGCAUUGUUGGCGGCCAACAAAUGCCAUGCCGCCUUUCAUAUCAGUAUUUUGGAUAAUCAGGAUCUGCAUGGCGAUGCAAUUGUGACUCCCAGGGGAUCACUUAUCAACGAAACCAAUAGCGAUGAAGAAAUACCCGAGGAUGAUGCCAGCGUGGAUGAAACUAUUAUGAACGAUGAUAUGGGCAGUAGUAUUUUUGUAGAUAGCUCCACGCGACGCAGCUCCAAUAGCCGAAGUAAAUCGAAUUCGCGCAGCAAAUGCUUUUAAAUAUUAUUUUAACUUGUAAACGUGACUCAAAUAUAUAUGUUAUUUUAUUAUGCUGA